AUGUCUUGCUACCCAACCCAAGGCUGUAUUCCUGAUAUAUGCCCACGUCCAUAUAUUGACGUCCGCAAUGAGCCGUGUAUCUCAUCAUGCGGAGAUUCGACUGCAGUGGUCUAUGCGCCACCAGUUGUUGUGAGAUUCCCAGGACCAACUAUGGCUACUUGUCCUCAAGACAGCUUCGUAGGAACUGCCUUACCAAACUUGCCACUUAGACCUGUGGGCUCAUCUGGUGCUGGUGGAGGUUUCAGUGGCUCAAUCGGUUCUGGGGGUAGUUACAGUGGUGGUUUUGGAGGAGGUUACAGUGGUGGCUAUGGGGGAAGUAACAGUGUUGUUUAUGGGGGUGGAGCCGGGGGUGGUUAUGGGGGUGGAGCCGGAGGUGGUUAUGGGGGUGGUUAUGGGGGUGGAGCUGGGGGUGGUUAUGGGGGUUGUUAUGGAGGCUCAUACGGUUCUGGGGGCUCAUGUGGUUAUAGCAGGAAGUCAUAUCGUAGCAUUUCUAGGGGAGGAUAUUCUGGAAACUGUGGGCCAUGUUAA